UCUUUCCCCAACUUUGUUAGACUUCUCUCACUAAAGAGAGCCUUAGUUUCAACUUUUUCAUACCAUAUUCAGAUUCUUUCUACACUUUCGUUCUUUCAUUUCUUGAUACUAGCUACCUUUUAUUCAAACUCUGUAGAUUUUGUUAGCAGAACCAUUCAUUCUGAUGGAAGGGUAACUUGUAAUCCAGUCUCUUGAAGUCCUAGUCGCUAUAUAGGAAGUAGUAUAUACAUAAUCAAGAACUUUUUGUCUGAUUCUUGAUAUUUAAUAUAUUGGUGAGAAGAGAGAGUUUCUUUAAUUUCUUGAAAGAUGGCGGGUGCCUGGACCGGAGCUGACUUGGCCAGGCAAAUGAGUAGCAGCAGAAUGAGUAGCGGUAGAAUGAGCUGGAGGAGGUCUACGAGUGUAAGAGAGAUGUGGAAUGAGCCUGAUGUGUUCCAGAGAAGCGCGCGUUCGCAGGCUUUGGAUGAUGAGGAGGAGCUAAGGUGGGCAGCUAUAGAGAGGCUGCCAACUUAUGAUAGGAUGAAAAAAGGCGUUCUUACACAGGUUUUGAGUAAUGGCAGAAUGAUGCAUAAUGAAGUUGACAUGACAAAGCUUGGAACUCAAGAUAAAAAACAAUUGAUGGAUAGAAUACUUAAGGUUGUUGAGGAAGAUAAUGAUAAGUUCUUGAAGAGGCUCAGAAAUAGAACUGACAGGGUGGGAAUUGAGAUUCCAACAAUUGAAGUCAGAACUCAGAAUUUCUCGGUUGAGGGAGAUACAUAUGUUGGGAAAAGGGCACUUCCAACUCUGCUUAAUUCUACCCUGAACACGAUUGAGGCUGGUCUUGGAAUGAUUGGGCUUUCUCCAUCAAAGAAAAGGAUAGUCAAGAUACUCCAAGAUGUGAAUGGAAUAGUAAGGCCAUCAAGGAUGACACUGCUUCUAGGGCCUCCUGGCUCAGGAAAAACAACACUACUGAAAGCACUUGCCGGGAAACUUGAUAAUGAUCUAAGGGUAACAGGGAAAGUCACCUACUGUGGCCAUGAGCUUACAGAAUUUGUGCCUCAAAGAACCUGUGCUUAUAUUAGCCAGCAUGACCUUCACUACGGUGAAUUGACUGUUCGCGAGACAUUUGAUUUCUCUGGGCGUUGCCUGGGAGUAGGAACCAGGUACGAGAUGUUGUCAGAGCUGUCAAGGCGGGAGAGAGAAGCUGGUAUCAAACCAGAUCCUGAGAUCGACGCGUUCAUGAAAGCUACGGCUGUCUCCGGCCAAGAGGCCAGUUUGAUUACGGAUUAUGUUCUAAAGAUACUUGGAUUAGAUAUCUGUGCUGAUAUCAUGGUGGGAGAUGACAUGAGAAGGGGUAUUUCUGGUGGACAAAAGAAGCGUGUGACUACAGGAGAAAUGUUGGUAGGACCAGCAAAAGCAUUUUUCAUGGAUGAAAUAUCCACAGGGUUGGAUAGCUCCACCACUUUCCAAAUUGUCAAGUACAUGAGGCAGAUGGUUCAUAUUAAUGAUGUGACUAUGAUCAUUUCUCUCUUACAGCCCGCACCUGAGACAUUUGAUCUCUUUGAUGAUGUUAUCCUACUUUCAGAAGGCCAAAUUGUCUACCAAGGCCCGCGUGAGAAAAUUCUUGAUUUCUUUGAAUAUGUGGGCUUUAGAUGUCCAGAAAGGAAGGGUAUAGCAGAUUUCCUGCAAGAAGUAACUUCGAAGAAGGACCAACAACAAUAUUGGUACAGAAAGAAUCAACCUUACAGAUACAUAUCAGUACCAGAUUUUGUGCGAGCCUUCAAUACCUUUUACAUUGGUCAACAGCUCUCAGAAGAUCUCAAAGUUCCUUUUGAUAAACCCAGAACGCAUCCUGCUGCUUUGGUGAAAGAAAAGUAUGGCAUCUCCAAUUGGGAACUCUUCAAGGCAUGCUUUGCAAGGGAAUGGCUGCUGAUGAAGCGCAACUCUUUUGUUUACAUAUUCAAAACUGUCCAGAUAACAAUAAUGGCUACAAUUGCAUUGACUAUGUUCUUAAGGACAGAGAUGAAGGCUGGUAAAAGAGAAGAUGCAGGGAAAUAUUGGGGAGCACUGUUUUUCAGUCUCAUUAAUGUCAUGUUUAAUGGGAUGGCGGAGCUUGCAAUGACUGUUUUCAAUCUUCCUGUAUUCUUCAAGCAGAGGGAUUUCUUGUUCUACCCAGCAUGGGCUUAUGCCUUGCCAAUUUGGCUCCUGAGGAUUCCCAUCUCACUGAUGGAAUCUGCAAUUUGGAUUAUCCUUACAUAUUAUACCAUUGGCUUUGCACCUGCUGCUAGUAGGUUCUUCAAACAGUUGUUAGCUUUCAUUGGCAUACACCAAAUGGCUCUCUCUCUUUUCCGUAUGAUAGCAGCUAUUGGAAGAACAGAAGUAGUGGCUAAUACACUUGGUUCCUUUACCUUGCUGCUGGUUUUCGUUCUCGGAGGCUACAUUGUUUCAAAAAAUGACAUCUCAUCAUGGAUGAUAUGGGGUUACUAUGUUUCUCCUAUGAUGUAUGGCCAGAAUGCCAUUGCAAUCAAUGAGUUCCUUGAUGACAGAUGGAGUAAUGCAACCGGCAACCCUAUUGAACCCACAGUUGGAAUUUCCCUUCUUAGAGAAAGAGGCUUGUUCACAACUGAAAAGGCAUUUUGGAUUUGUGUUGUAGCUCUUUUUGCAUUCUCUCUUCUUUUCAACGUUCUCUUUGUUUUGGCUUUGACAUAUUUAAAUCCUUUUGGAGAUAAUAAAGCAGUAGUUGCAGAUGAUGAGCCAGACAGCAUUGCUAGGCGGCAGUUGGUAUCCAAUUCAGAAGGAAUUCAUAUGGAAGUUAGAAAUGCUGGUGGGAGUAUAAGCUCAAACAGUGGCAUCACAAAUCAAUCUAAAAAGGGAAUGGUUUUGCCUUUCCAACCCCUUGCACUUGCUUUCAACCAUGUGAACUAUUAUGUUGAUAUGCCUGCUGAAAUGAAGAGUCAAGGUGUUGAAGAAAGCAGGUUGCAACUACUGCGAGAUGUCAGUGGGGCUUUUAGACCCGGUAUUCUGACAGCAUUAGUUGGCGUCAGUGGUGCUGGGAAGACCACCCUAAUGGAUGUUUUAGCAGGAAGGAAGACAGGUGGGUAUAUUGAAGGAAGUAUAAGCAUUUCUGGUUACCCGAAGAACCAAGCAACGUUUGCAAGGGUCAGCGGUUAUUGUGAACAGAACGACAUCCAUUCACCAUAUGUUACAGUUUAUGAAUCUCUCUUAUACUCUGCCUGGCUUCGUCUUGCUUCAGAUAUUAAUAAAGAAACUCGAAAGAUGUUCGUUGAGGAAGUCAUGGAGUUGGUUGAACUUAAGCCCUUAAGGAAUGCUCUAGUUGGUCUUCCUGGAGUUGAUGGUCUUUCAACUGAGCAAAGAAAGAGGCUGACUAUAGCUGUAGAGUUGGUCGCUAAUCCAUCAAUUAUCUUUAUGGAUGAACCCACAUCAGGUCUUGAUGCUAGAGCAGCUGCGAUCGUUAUGCGCACGGUCAGGAAUACAGUGGAUACAGGAAGAACUGUUGUUUGUACGAUUCACCAGCCAAGCAUUGAUAUCUUUGAAGCUUUUGACGAGCUCUUAUUGAUGAAAAGAGGGGGACAAGUUAUAUACGCUGGACCUCUUGGUCGCCGUUCUCACAAGCUUGUUGAAUACUUUGAGUCUGUUCCAGGGGUUGCCAAGAUCAAAGAGGGUUAUAAUCCUGCCACUUGGAUGUUAGAAGUGACCACAACUACAGUAGAAGCUCAACUUGAUGUUGAUUUUGCAGAAAUUUAUGCCAAUUCUGCUCUCUACAGGAGAAAUCAGGAGCUCAUCAAAGAACUUAGCACUCCACAGCCAGGUUCUCAGGAUCUUUACUUCCCUACUCGAUAUUCCCAGAGCUUUAUAACUCAAUGCAAAGCAUGUUUCUACAAGCAAAACUGGUCAUAUUGGAGGAACUCUCGAUAUAAUGCCAUCCGGUUCUUUAUGACAAUUGUCAUUGGAGUCAUGUUUGGCAUUAUUUUCUGGGGCAAAGGAGACCAAAUAGAAACACAACAACAACUGACCAAUCUACUGGGAGCUACUUAUGCUGCUAUUCUUUUUCUUGGAGGUAGCAAUGCUUCUGCUGUGCAAUCAGUUGUGGCAGUAGAGAGAACAGUCUUCUACCGUGAGAGAGCAGCAGGAAUGUAUUCAGAGUUGCCUUAUGCAUUUGCUCAGGUGGCUAUAGAGACUCUAUAUGUUGCAAUCCAAACUAUUAUAUACACUCUAAUUUUGUACUCAAUGAUUGGAUAUGAAUGGGAUGUGGGAAAAUUCUUCUAUUUCUACUACUUCAUCUUCAUGUGCUUCACCUACUUUUCAAUGUACGGGAUGAUGGUUGUUGCACUAACUCCUGGUCAUCAAAUUGCUGCAAUUGUUAUGGCCUUCUUCUUGAGUUUCUGGAACUUGUUCUCCGGUUUCCUAGUCCCCAGGCCGCUCAUUCCUGUAUGGUGGAGAUGGUAUUACUGGGGUUCUCCAGUUGCUUGGACAAUAUAUGGAAUUUUGGCAUCUCAAUUCGGUGACAAGACAAGCCCUAUUCAAAUUCCUGAAACACCAUCAGUUCCUGUAAAUGUAUUCCUGAAGGAAGGUUGGGGUUUUGAUCACGACUUCCUUGUACCUGUUGUGAUUGCUCAUGUCGGUUGGGUACUCCUCUUCUUCUUUGUCUUUGCCUAUGGCAUUAAGUUCCUUAACUUUCAGAGAAGAUGAAGACACUUCUUAUAGGCAGAAAACACAUUAGAGUGUACAAUAUCAGGGAAACAUACAAAUGUCACCUCCCUCUUUCCAUUUUUUUAUGCUUAUUAUUGUGUACAGCGCUUUUUUUUUUUCAUUUAUAUAAAAUUAAUUGUUGUUUUUUACUUUUGAAUCAUGAAAGUUAACUUUAAUUGUACACAAUUGAUUAAUGUUGUUGUACUGGCAAUAAAGAAUGAAGGUCUUUCUGAUAUCUUUUUAUGCUAA